GAAGGAGAAGGAAAAAAAACCCGCCCUCCCCUCCCGCACCGCACCCCAGCAAGGCAGGCAGGCAGGCCAGCCAGAAUCACACGACACACGCAUACAGUUUUAGUUUGUUCAACUACACACGCAAAUCGGAAUCGAAACCCUAUCUCGGAUCCGAUGGCUCGUUCGCCGCCGCCUUCUUCGUCGGCCGGCGGCGCGCAGUACGCGCAGCAGUUCCUCAACACGGCGCUCUCCCAGCGGGGCCCGUCCGCGCUGCCGUACGCCGAGGACGUCAAGUGGCUCAUCCGCAACCACCUGGUAGCGCUGGCCGAGGCCUUCCCCUCCCUCCAUCCCAAGGCCGCCCUCUUCACCCACAACGACGGCCGCGCCGCUCACCUCCUCCAGGCCGACGGCACCAUCCCCAUCCACCACGCCGGUGCCUCCUACAACCUCCCCGCCGUCAUCUGGCUGCCCGAGCCCUACCCGCGCUCCCCGCCGCUCGUCUUCCUCUCCCCGACCCGAGACAUGGUCAUCAAGCCCCACCACCGCCUCGUCGACAGCUCCGGCCUCGUCGCCAACGCGCCCUACCUCCGCUCCUGGGUCUUCCCCUCCUCCAACCUCGUCGACCUCGUCCGAUCCCUCUCGCACCUAUUCGGCCUCGACCCGCCCCUCUUCACCAGGAACCCUCCUGCCGCCGCACAGGCUCCGCCACCGAAUCCCUCGCCGACCCAGCCCCCACCACGGCUCGCCGCCUCCCCUUCCCCCUCCUACAGCAGGCUUGGGGGUGCCGCCGGCUUCCCGGCGUCGCCCCAGCUCGCCCCCCGCCCGCCCCCCACGGAGGACCCCGCCGAGGUCUUCAAGCGCAACGCCGUCGCCAAGCUCGUCGACAUGGCCUACGCCGACGCCGCCGCACUGCGCACCGCACGGGAGGCUGAGGUCGACGCCCUCUUCGCCGUCCAGGCCGAGCUGCGGCACAGGGGAGGCAUCGUCGCUCAAGGUGUGCGCAACAUGGGGGAGGAGAUGGAAGCGCUCGAGCGGCGCCUGCAGGACGUCAUGAUGGCCACCGAUGUUGUGGAGGACUGGGUCAGGCAGAACAACAGGAGAGGCAGCAACCAAGCCACCGAGGACGACGAAGCCAUCGAGCCGGCGGAUGUGCUGUCCAGGCAGAUGAUCCAGUGCACAGCGGCAGAUUUGGCGCUCGAGGACACCAUCUACGCGCUCGACAAGGCAAUCCAGGAAGGAUCCGUGCCCUUUGACGGCUACCUCAGGAGCGUGCGUGCACUGUCCCGUGAGCAGUUUUUCCACCGCGCCCUAUCUGCCAAGGUGCAUAGCGCGCAGCAGCAGGCUAAGGUUGCUAGCAUGGCAGCACGGGCGCCACCGCAGUACGCAUCAUAGGGAUCAUGGGGCAACUAUGUGAAUGCUGGGAACUUUCAAGUUGAUCAGUUCCGAGUCCUGGAUUAUUUUCAGAAGUGUUCUAUCUUAAAAUGGAAUAUGAUUACAUACUAUCUCUGUUGGAAUUGAAGGCUGAUUGCUUUAGUUUAGCCCUUUUUCUCCUCAUUUGUCUUGGCCCCGAGCUAGAUCCCCAGGGAAGGAUAUGAUGCUAGCAUGUCACCAUUGUCUUGUAAGUAGAUUAUAAACAAUGCAAUAACCUGUAUGGUAUUUUGUGCUGAAGAAUUGUAACAUCAACUUGGGGGCGUCGUCAGAAACAUUGCCUUAUGGCUGGAGCCAUGCAGAAAUAUAAGGGAGCGGACCAGAUGUGUUGGAGUAUUUUAGGACAGAAGAAGGCUGGUGAUGUGUCCAAACCAUUCUGGAUUUGACCAUGUCUUUAGAAAUUUAUGGCGUGUUUGAUUUGAAGAAUGAGUUAGUCCAUCAUCUUCUCAUUCAUCACUUUCUUGUUUGGUUUGUGGAAUGAGAUGAGUUUAUCAUUUCAUUCCUCGUAGGCUAAUAAUUAGUAAUAAUAUGAGAAAUGAGUUCGUUC